AAUAAAUUUCACCACAAAACUCAAUUGUCUAAAGUCUUCACUAUACAAGUCCUUUACUUUCUCCAUAUUCUCUAAUUGAUCUAAUAGUAUUAUGGGUAUUCGUUUGCCUCGUGUUACCAAUCUCAAGAAAAUCCUUAACCCGUCAUCUUUCUUGAUAAGUCCUGAUUAUACUUCAACAGUUCCAAAGGGUUGCUUGGCAGUAUAUAUUGGGGAGAAGCAAAGAAGAAGAUUUGUGGUUCCCAUUUCAUACCUGAAUGAUCCUGCCUUCCAAGACUUGUUAAAUCAAGCCGAGGAAGAAUUUGGGUUCAGCCAACCAGAAGGCGGCCUCACUAUUCCGUGCUCAGUGGAAACAUUCAUUCACCUUACUUCACGCCUGGAUAGAUUAUAGUGAGAAAACAUUUAUGUACAGGUAGAUAGUACAGCAUUGGAAUGUAUAUAGUAGAAUAGGGAUUUUCAUCAGAUUUUUGUUUGCAACGCAUAAUUUGAUACUCACCAUUUUGUUGGA